AUGUCGACUUUAAAACAGAGGAAAGAAGACUUUGUGACAGGGCUCAAUGGGGGUUCUAUAACGGAAAUUAAUGCAGUAACAUCAACUGCCCUAGUAACUUACAUAUCAUGGAACUUGCUGAAGAAUUCCACCCUUAUGCAUUCGGAUACAUCCAAUGUACAAUAUAUGAUUGAUUUUGCAUUGAAUUGGGUUGCUUUGCUUGUGUCGAUCACUAUUCAUGCUAGUGAUCCAUAUCUUUUGAACACACUAAUACUGUUACCUUGUUUAUUCGCGUUCAUCUAUGGAAGAAUCACCAGCUCGAACAAGGCUUCUAAUACAACAUCUAAAAAAAAAAAAAGGAGUUCACAGGAGUUCCAAUUGAAAAAAAAGCCUUAUAUUACUGCAUAUCGUGGCGGGAUGCUUAUUCUGACUGUCAUUGCCAUCUUGGCUGUAGAUUUUCCCAUUUUUCCGAGAAGAUUUGCUAAGGUGGAGACAUGGGGUACAUCCCUGAUGGAUCUUGGAGUGGGAUCCUUCGUCUUCAGUAACGGUAUUGUUUCUUCUAGGAUGCUGUUGAAAAAUCUAAGCUUGAAGAAAAAACCAGGUUUCUUAAGAAAUGCAUUGAAUGCUUUAAAAUCUGGAGGAACCCUUUUGUUCCUAGGCUUGCUAAGGUUAUUCUUUGUAAAAAAUUUGGAAUACCAAGAACAUGUCACAGAAUAUGGGGUCCAUUGGAAUUUUUUUAUUACAUUAUCAAUGCUGCCACUCGUAUUGACCCUUAUUGAUCCUAUCACAAGAAUAAUUCCACGCUGCUUGAUUGCGAUAUUUAUCUCAUGUUUUUAUGAAUGGUUGCUAUUAAAGGAUAAUCAAACCUUAAAUUUCUUAAUUUCAGCUGACAGAAAUGGUCUCUUCAACGCGAAUAGAGAAGGGAUCCUCUCAUUCUUAGGUUAUUGUUCGAUUUUCCUUUGGGGUCAAAAUACAGGAUUUUACUUGUUGGGAAAUAAACCAACUUUAAACAAUCUCUAUAAGCCUUCCACGCAAGUCUUAGUUGCCGGAUCUAGAAAGCCUUCUCUUUGGAACCAUUGGACUUCGGUGACCCCACUAACUGGUCUAUGUAUAUGGAGUACAUUUUUUUUUAUUAUCAGCCAGUUGGUCUUUCAGUAUCAUCCUUAUAAUGUUUCAAGAAGAUUCGCCAACCUACCAUACCUUUUGUGGGUUAUUACUUAUAAUUUACUAUUUUUGACCGGGUACUGUCUAACUGACAAGAUCUUUAGUAACUCACACGAAAAUUAUAAAGUUGCCGAAUCUUUGGAAUCAAUAAACUCUAACGGGCUAUUUCUAUUUCUGUUGGCAAAUGUUUCUACAGGUUUAGUUAAUAUGUCCAUGGUCACGAUAGAUGCUUCUCCCAUAAUAUCACUCUCGGUUUUGCUAACGUACUGUUUUUUUGUUGCUGCCGUAUCAAUUUUCUUACAUAGAAAAAGAAUUUUUAUUAAACUAUAG